CCCAACUCUCUAUAUCCUGGAUCUGCCCUAAUCCAUCAUAAUAUAUUACCCUCUCAAGAAUAAUUAACGUUAAUUCUGUACGCACAUAUUAUAGCGCGCGGACGAAUGAAAUAAAACCAUAAAUGCGUUCCUGAAGCAGCAGAGAAUUGAAGAUGUUCUCACGGAUUUUCGGGAAUAAACCGAAUAAGAACGCCCAAAAUGAAGGCAGCCUUACUACUAUUGUUAAAUUAACCGAGACACUGACGAUGCUGGAGAAGAAGGAGAGUCUACUCCAAAAGAAGGCAUCCGAAGAAUUUGAAAGGGCCAAAGAAUUCACAAGAAUUAAGAACAUGAGAGCGGCAAAACAAUGCUUGAAAAGGAAAAGACUAUUUGAGCAGCAAAUUGAGCAGCUAGGGAAUUUCCAGUUGCGCAUCCAUGAUCAGAUGAUAAUGAUAGAAGGAGCAAAAGCCACGUCUGAAACAGUUGAGGCCCUUAGAACUGGUGCUGCUGCAAUGAGAUCUAUCCACAAAACAAUGAAUGUGAGUAAUGUGGACAAUACAUUGGAAGAAAUAAAUCAACAAACAGAGGACACAAGGCAGAUACAGGAAGCAUUGGCUGUUCCAUUUGCUGACAUUGAUGAGGAUGAAUUGGAGGCGGAGCUUGAAGAACUAGAAAGUGCUGGACUGGAAGAUGAGCUUCUUCAGCCUGCAAACACCGGCCGUGCUGCUCCACCGCGUAAUCUAACCACCAGACAAUCAACCAGGCCUUCUGAAGUUGAUCUCCGAAACGACAAGGAUGAUGAUGAAGAAGAACUUGUUGCAUUGCAGAAAGCAAUUGCUAUUUAGACUUAGCCUGCUUGUGUUAGCUUAACGUCUACUUAUUAGGAUCUAAACACUUUUGGUGUAAUUGUAAGUCAUUACUUGAGCCAGUCUUUAUUUGGAGUGUCGGAAAUGAAAACUUCAAAUUAUAUUGAAACCAUUUUGAACUUCUCACUCUCCCUGUUUUAUCACUACAUUAGGAUUUAGAAUCUCAUCUUCUAAAUCGUUGAUUAAAGAUGUUUUCACUUGGACAAUUAUAAAAUACACAGAGACCAAACACUUAUCAGACCAGUUCAGACUAUAACAGAUCAGAAAAUUCCAGUCCAUGUAAAAACAUUUUAAGAAGAACUCGGGAAAAUUUAUUACAAUAAUAUGAACUAUUGUACAUUAACUUUUAACAAUUGAAACUAUGGAUGUUUUUACUUGGACCAGUGUCGGAACCAGGACUCGUGACUCGCAGGGGCACAAUAACAAAGAAAUGAUAUACUAG